AUGUGUCACCAGACGGAAGAUGGCCAACCGGCGUCGGCCACAACAACGCCCCAUCCCGACCACAACGGGGAAAACGACGACUUUCCCUGGCACAUUGGGGUUUGCGACGCACACUGCCACCCUACUGACACCAUGUCAUCAAUCGCCAGCAUCCCCCGGAUGCGCACACGCGUGUUGACCAUCAUGGCCACCCGUUCACAGGACCAAGACCUUGUGUCCUCGGCCGCGAAACAGGGAGGGAUUUCGAAACGCUCCGAGCUCGAGGAGCCGUGUCCGCCUACUGGCCAUGAUCGCAAGAUCAUACCAGCCUUUGGAUGGCACCCCUGGUUUUCGCACCAAAUCUACGAUGACACGGAGGAUAGUACUAGAACCGACGUUGGCCGAACCUACGACCCGUCAUCUUCAGAAGGGCAGGACCAAAAGGCGUUACAUUACAAGGCUGUGCUCUCGCCAGAGCCCGACGCCAACUUCAUCGCCUCGCUCCCCGAACCAUUGUCGCUACGUGAUUUCCUUACUUCCACCCGCGAACGCAUCCUUGGUGCGAGCGGGCCGGUUCUGAUCGGCGAGGUUGGCUUGGACAAAGCCUUCCGCUUGCCUUGGCCAUGGAAGGAGGCCGAAAAAUCGGAUCGCGACGUCGAGUUAACUCCCGGUGGGCGCGAGGGCCGUCUUCUGAGCCCGCACCAUGUGAGGGUACCGCAUCAAGCACGCGUGUUGAGGGCACAGCUAAAGUUAGCGGGCGAGCUGGGUGUCGCGGCGAGUGUGCACGGUGUGCAGGCGCACGGGGUGCUGUUUGAAGCUCUAGCUGGGUUGUGGAAGGGACAUGAAAAGGAGGUGGUGUCGAGACGACAACAGAAAAUGGUAGCGAAGGGAGCGGAGGACUUUUCCAGCUCUGAGGAGGAGGAUUGGGAGGAGAACGGGGAAGACCCGCCACGAAAGAAAGAGCAGGCCAAAGCUUACAAGCCAAAGCCAUUUCCGCCUCGUGUGUGUCUGCACUCGUUCAGCGGCUCUUCGCAGACAUUGCAGCAGUAUCUCAACCCGGCCAUCCCAGUCAAGGUGUUCUUUUCCUUCUCGACGGCUAUCAACCUGUCAACGGCGGGUGGGGAGAGCAAGUUUCCCGAGGUCCUGCGCGCAUGUCCUGACGAUCGGGUCUUAGUCGAGAGUGACUUGCAUUGCGCUGGCCCUGAGAUGGACCGCCUUUUGGCCGAUAUUGCACGGAGGGUCUGCGAGAUCAAGGGCUGGUCAUUGGAGCAGGGCCUGACAAGGAUGCGCAGGAAUUACGACGACUUCAUUUUUGGCUGA